ACGCGUCCCCCACUCUGAGAGGCUGGCCAGGCUUCAGCCAAUGGGCUGAAGGGAUCUGGAGGGAGGCGGGGAUUUUCUCGACCAAUCGGCAGGCGCGUGCUCUUUGCCGCUCUAUGCCGCUCCGCCCCGGCUCGCUGGUCCCAGAAGGCGCCGGGUCUCCCAAGAUGGCGGCCGACGUGUCCGUUACUCACCGGCCCCCGCUAAGCCCGGAGCCUGGGGCCGAGGCUGAAGCCAGCGAGACUGCGGAGCGCCGGGCGCCUGAAGAAGAGCUGUCGCCGCUAGAUCCAGAAGAGAUCCGGAAGCGCCUGGAACACACCGAAAGACAGUUUCGUAACCGCCGCAAGAUACUGAUCCGGGGCCUCCCGGGGGACGUGACCAACCAGGAAGUACAUGACCUACUCAGCGACUAUGAGCUCAAGUACUGUUUUGUGGACAAAUACAAAGGGACAGCUUUCGUGACCCUGCUGAACGGGGAGCAGGCCGAGGCGGCCAUUGGCGCCUUCCACCAGAGCCGCCUGAGGGAGCGCGAGCUGUCGGUGCAGCUGCAGCCCACGGAUGCGCUGCUGUGCGUGGCCAACCUGCCCCCAAGCCUCACGCAGGCACAGUUCGAGGAGCUGGUACGGCCCUUCGGCAGCCUGGAGCGCUGCUUCCUGGUCUACAGUGAGCACACCGGCCACUCGAAGGGGUACGGCUUCGCAGAGUACAUGAAGAAGGACUCGGCCGCCCGCGCCAAGUCAGACCUGCUGGGCAAGCCGCUGGGCCCUCGCACGCUGUACGUGCACUGGACAGACGCUGGCCAGCUCACGCCGGCCCUGCUGCACUCACGCUGCCUCUGUGUGGACCGCCUGCCCCCCGGCUUCAGUGACGUGGACACCCUGCGCCGGGCACUGUCGGCCGUGCACACGCCCACCUUCUGCCAGCUGGCGUGCGGCCAGGACGGGCAACUGAAGGGCUUCGCGGUGCUGGAGUACGAGACUGCCGAGAUGGCGGAGGCGGCGCAGCAGCAGGCCGACGGCCUGGCCCUGGGGGGCAGCCACCUGCGCGUGUCCUUCUGCGCCCCAGGGCCUCCAGGCCGCAGCAUGCUGGCGGCACUCAUUGCUGCCCAGGCCACGGCCCUCAACCGCGGCAAGGGGCUCCUGCCUGAGCCCAACAUCCUGCAGCUGCUCAACAACCUGGGCCCGUCCGCCUCCCUGCAGCUGCUCCUCAACCCCCUGCUCCACGGCGGUGCAGGGGGCAAGCAGGGCCUCCUGGGCGCGCCCCCAGCCAUGCCGCUGCUCAGCGGGCCGGCCCUGUCCACGGCGCUGCUGCAGCUCGCCCUGCAGGCCCAGAGCCACAAGAAGCCCGGGAUCCUGGGAGACUCGCCCCUGGGCACCCUCCAGCCUGGGCCCCAGCCAGCCAACCCCCUCCUCGGGGACCUGUCAGCAGGGGGCGGCCUGGCCCCAGAGCUGCCACCUCGGCGAGGAAAGCCACCGCCUCUGCUGGGCCCCUCUGGGGGUGACCGGGAGCCCAUGGGCCUGGGCCCUCCUGCGGCCCAGCUCACCCCACCCCCUGCCCCUGUGGGGCUCCGCGGCACAGGUCUCAGGGGCCUGCAGAAGGACAGCGCGCCCCUGCCCACGCCCCCUGGGGUCUCGCUGCUGGGGGAGCCCCCCAAGGACUACCGGAUCCCGCUGAAUCCCUACCUGAACCUACACAGCUUGCUCCCAGCCAGCAAUCUGGCUGGCAAGGAGGCCCGGGGCUGGGGGUGCACCACGAGAGGCCGCCGCCCAGCUGAGGGGCCCCUGCCCAACCCCCCAGUCCCAGGCGGAAGCUCCGGUGCGGGUAGCAGCGGCAGCAAAGCUUUCCCGCUCAAGUCCCGCCUGCUCAGCCCCCUCGCCGGCUCCCGCCUGCCCCCUGAGCCCGGGCUGUCCGACAACUAUGGCUUCGACUACCCUUCAGACGUGGGACCUCGGCGACUCUUCUCCCAUCCACGCGAGCCAACCCUAGGGCCUCAUGGACCCAGUCGACACAAGAUGUCUCCCCCGCCCACUGGCUUCAGCGAGCGCAGUGGUGGAGGCGGAGGGGCGCCUCUCUCACACUUCUACUCGGGCUCACCCACCUCCUACUUCACCAGCGGUUUGCAGGCUGGCCUCAAGCAGAGCCACCUCAAUAAGGCAGUCGGCUCCUCCCCGCUGGGCUCCGGCGAGGGGCUCCUGGGCCUUGGUCCGGGGCCCAAUGGCCAUAGUCACCUGCUGAAGGUACAGGCAGGGGGUGGGGACGCACAGGGCCGGGGAGUCCUGGCCCUGGGGCACCCCCUCACCCGGCCCCCCCUGCCCUCUGUCUCCAGACCCCCGUGGGUGGCCAGAAACGCAGCUUUGCUCACCUGCUGCCCUCGCCCGAGCCCAGCCCGGAGGGCAGCUACGUGGGCCAGCACUCCCAGGGCCUCGGUGGCCACUACGCAGACUCCUACCUGAAGCGGAAGAGGAUUUUCUAAGGGGCCUACCCUGAGGAUGCUCGGGGCGGUGCUGCGUUGCUUUGAGGCUUUCUGGUGUUUUGUUUUGUGAUUUUUUUUUUUUUUUAAAUUUUUUUUCUUUCCGGCAAUAGAGAAAUCUCUGAAAGACUUUGCUGACCAACCAGCCAGAGCCCGGGAGUGCAGGGGUGCCUGGCCGCUCUGCACCGCCGGCCUGCUCUGGGCAUGGGACCCACAGCCUUAAGAGAGGGGCCCGGCCUGCUCUCCCCCUGCCGCUCCUGUCCUCCCUCGGGCCUGGCUCUUUCUCGGGGUCCCCUCCUGCCUUGUCACUCCUGUGUUUUGGCCUUUUGAGUGCCUUGGAGGUUUCCCUGACCUCCUGUGAGGAUCAGAGACUGUCUCCCUGCCCCCUUUUUAACUUUGACAGUUGACUUUGUUUCCUUUUCUAAUUUUUAUUAUUUUUUAAGCCAUCCCAUAUGAACCCCCCGCCCAGCUCUGAUUCCUUCAAGGCCCGCCUGUCCGGGCCUCCAUUCCGUACUUCGAAGUUCCGGCCGGCUCAGCCCUCUCCUCCUCCUCCCCGCUGCUGCGGGCGGGGCACCUCUCGCCGCCGCCCCCCACCGGCCAGUGCCCUGCGCUGGCCCCUCUCCCUGCCCCUGGCCUCCGGAUGCCUUAACGUCGGGCCGCAGGCCCCGCAGGCCAGAGCCUCUCAGACCGUGAGCUCCAGAAGCUUGACUCAGGACCAAACGGCUCUGGCCUCGGGCGCGGGCCCCCGCCCCGGGCACAGUGGGAGGCCUCGGCCCGGCCUUGGCGGCGCCCCCCCGCCCUUCCGCCCGGCCUGAGCACACGGCCAGGUCCCCCCGGCGCGGCCAGCCCCAGCGGUCUGUCCGGGCGUCGGCUGCUGUGGCAUCUGACAGCCUCUGCCAUCUCCCCGUGAAGACGCCCCCUGCGCCGCCAGCCUGGGGAGCCCAGACCCGGCCGUGCGGCCCAGUGCCGGAAACCAGCAGCCCCACGCAGACGGCGCCUGCCCACGAGCAGGACCUGCCCACCCGGGGUAACCCGGGCCCCGCCACCAGCUCCCCCCCCCCUCCGGGGCCCGCGUCCACUCCAGGGGUGGCCCUCCCCACCCUCCCACAGACCUUUGCUGAAUUAAAGUUUGUAAGUACAUGGUUUUAAAGAAA